CGCAGAUCCGUAAACGUGAGCUGUUGUAAUCUAGUAAAUUUAAAAUAAAUGUUAAUUAUAAAUUAAACUUCUGCCUUUCUUUUCUUAGCUAUCAGUAACAAUUAUUGACAUCUAUUUUUCUGUUUUGAAAGGCUAGGUAUCCUUCCUGGUUUAAAAGUUUAUUAAAAGGCGUAAAAAUGUCUCUACGCGUUGUGAAAUUUGGUAGAAAUCUACCUAAAUGGCUAUAUGAUUUUAACCUUAGUUCUUGCCGUAUGUCUUCAAGUGGUAUUGCUCAUACAUUAAGCGUUAAAAAUGAAAUCGAAGAAAGAAUAAAGAAAGCUAUUUUUUGGUGUGGGGCCUAAACGAAUUGAAGCUCAGCAUAAAAAGGGGAAACUGACUGCUCGUGAACGAAUUCACUUGUUGAUGGAUGUUGGAACCUUUGUAGAAUAUGACAUGUUUUCCGAACAUACAUGUACUGAUUUUGGAAUGGAAAAAGAAAAGUAUCCUGGAGACAGUGUGGUUACAGGUCAUGGUCUUAUACAUGGCAGAAAAGCAUUUGUUUUCAGUCAGGAUUUCACUGUGUUUGGAGGCAGUCUUUCAUCUGUUCACGCAAAGAAAAUAUGUAAAAUAAUGGACCAAGCUAUUCUUGUUGGAGCUCCUGUCAUCGGCAUUAAUGAUUCUGGUGGUGCUCGUAUACAAGAAGGAGUGGAAUCUCUUGCAGGAUAUGCUGAUAUCUUCCAGAGAAAUGUAUUAGCCUCUGGUGUGGUACCUCAGAUAUCUGUUAUCAUGGGUCCUUGUGCUGGUGGAGCUGUCUAUUCUCCAGCUCUGACAGAUUUUGUGUUUAUGGUUAAGGAUACUUCAUAUUUGUUCAUUACAGGACCUGAAGUUGUAAAGGCAGUAACUAAUGAAGAUGUAACACAAGAAGAACUUGGGGGAGCGAAAACACAUACUACAAUUUCAGGUGUUGCUCAUAAUGCUUUUGAAAAUGAUGUGGAUGCGUUACUCAAUUUGAGAAAGUUCUAUAAUUUUCUUCCUCUAAGCAGCACUGAUCCUCCUCCUAUUCGAGAGUGUGAUGAUCCUUGGGAUAGAAUUGUUCAAAGUUUGGAUACAGUUAUCCCUCUUGAAACAACAGCAGCCUAUAAUAUGUUGGAUGUUAUUCUUGGGAUUGCUGAUGAAAGAGAUUUCUUUGAAAUCAUGCCUAAUUAUGCCAAAAACAUUGUGGUUGGUUUUGCUAGAAUGAAUGGUCGUACUGUUGGGAUGGUUGGUAAUAAUCCCAAAUAUGCAGCUGGCUGUCUGGACAUAAAUGCAUCAGUCAAAGGUGCCCGUUUUGUUCGUUUCUGUGAUGCAUUUAACAUUCCCAUUAUAACAUUUGUUGAUGUUCCUGGAUUUCUUCCAGGAACUGCUCAAGAAUAUGGUGGAAUUAUUAGACAUGGUGCAAAAUUAUUAUAUGCAUUUGCUGAAGCAACUGUGCCAAAAAUAACUGUCAUAACAAGAAAAGCUUAUGGUGGUGCAUAUGAUGUAAUGAGUUCGAAGCAUUUACGGGGUGAUAUAAAUUAUGCUUGGCCUACUGCAGAAAUAGCUGUGAUGGGAGCUAAAGGUGCUGUAUCUAUUUUGUUCCGUGGCAAAGCAGAUGUUUUAGAGAGAGAAAAAGAAUAUGGAGACAAAUUCACCAAUCCUUUUUCAGCUGCAAUCAGAGGUUUUGUUGAUGACAUUAUUGAUCCAAGCACAACUAGGAUGCGUCUUUGUCGAGAUUUAGAUCUGCUGCAACGAAAAAAGAUGGAAUCUCCAUGGAAAAAACAUGCCAAUAUGCCUCUCUAAUUCUGAUUUUUAUAUGCAGUUGUUGAAUUUAUAGCUAUUUUAAAAGCAUUUUGUACCUGACAUAUAAUUUCUUUUGUAAUCUCAAAACAAAGAAUCUCCUUUAUGUUUAUAUAUACACAUAUAUAUACAUAUAUAUUAUUAUUAUUUUGUUAAAAAAUUGUUACAAUGCCUGAUAUUUUUUUCUAUGUUGUCAGAAUUUGUAAAUUCUUUUUUAUGUAAAAUAAAUUUUGUUAUAAUAGACUUUAACUGAAAAAUUUGUUAUAACCUUUGUACAGAAAUAAAAUUUGUUAUAAGCAUCACUAAAUUACAGUAAUCUUCAGUAACUUCAUAAAAUGUGCAAUGUAUAUUUGUAUUCAGAUGUGUAUAUCCUAUUUCCAGUUUAACUAAUAGAACAAAAGUUGUUACAAAUAAUACAGUCAUGACAUAUUUUAAAUUUGAAACCUGCCGAGUGCUUAAAAAUUUUUAGAAUCUCUCCUCCUACCUUGUAUUCCUAAGAGUGAAUAAUCAAAACUUGUGAAAGUAUAAUAAGUGGACACAAAUAUUAUAAAUAUUUAUUUAUCACAUAAAAUAAAGUAUUUAAAUUUCAAAAUUGUAUAUUGCUAUUAAAUAAAAUAUAUAAAAUGAUAAAAA